AAGAGUUUUUCUGUGUAUCAGCUAACUUUUCGUCGAAUUGACGCAAUUUUCUUUUAUUUUGUAAUAAAUAACACAAACCUUUAUGUUUCAUAUAUUUGCAUUAAAGUUAAUUUAACAUGAGUGAUAAUACGUUUUGUUUGAUAAAAGGAAAACCGUAUGUUUGUCGAACUUGUUUAGCGGUUUGCAGUUUAAAUAACGUCUUGUUGACACAAUGCUUGGCCGGCGUAGGAAAACCAUUACAAAAUUUCCUUCAAUCGUUGCUCACGCAAAGCAAUUACAGUAAGAAGAUGCCGCAAAAUUUGUGCAAUAAUUGCAAUGAAAAACUGAAAAAUGCUAAUGAAUUUAUACAACAAAUAAUAGAAACUAAUGAGUUCUACGAAACUCAACUUGAAGAAAAAGCUCUUACCGGGUCUACUAACGAUUCAUUCCUAUGGGAAGAUUCCCUGCCCUAUAGCGAAAGAAACUUGACAAAUAAUAAUUCUGAAGAUAAGGGCGGUACGGUGGAUUGUUUAGUGGAAACCGUCAUCGAUAUACCGAUUGAUGGUGCACUUAAAUGUCAACAAAUGGAAAAUGAUUACCUGCAGAUUAAAAAAGAGAGUAUAACCGAGAAUUGUUAUCAUUCCGAUUUAGAUUGUAUCGAUGAUGAUGAAUCUAAGGAGGGGUUCAUAAGGAGUAACCAAGUAGAAAAGAUUCCAUCAGAAACUGUGAACAAAGAUUAUCUGGCACCGAUAACAAAAGAAGAUGAUAUUUCAACUGAUAAUUUGAAUUUCUUACCCAACUUUUCAUCCAGUACAGAGGACGAGGAUGACGAAUAUAUCCCACAGAAACCAAAGAUCCGAAAAUCAACCAUAGAUAAAAAAGUGAAAACUCGCAAAGGUCGUCCCAGAUCUCAGGAGUUUUCGAAAAUAAAAAAAAUCGAUGACCGUUUCCUUUGUUAUAUGUGUGAUAAAACGUUUUCUUUGCGGAAGGACGUAACACGUCACGUAAACACUAUACAUUCCGAUAAGGCCCACUUUCAAUGUGAAUUUUGUGGCCAUCAAUUUAAGCGCAAGGAUAAAGUACGGGAACAUAUAAGAGCUUAUCAUCAACCCACGCAAACGAAUACUAAUACUUCUAAAUGCAUUCCAAAUGGAAUGAAAAGUAGACUUAACCAAUGGAAAUAUGGUGAUUGCUUAUACAGUAAGCCCACUAAACGCCGUUUGAUUGAAUGUAGGUUAUGUGAAACACGAUUUUCAAACGCAAGGGAAUUACGUCAACACCUUGAAAUGCAUAGAGACUCAAAAACCUUACAACAUUUACACUUGCGCAGUAACGUCGUAAGGCAACUUUACCCGAAUGCCGAUACAAUUGAGAAAGCUAGGGAGACUAUAGAGAAAGAAAUUUUUUUGAAUCAAUGGUCACGAUUUUAUAUUAUACUUAACGAGCACGGCUAUGAAGUUUCGAUCAGUGACACUGAAAAUGAAGUUGAUAGAAGCGACGAUGAUGAAGUUUACGAAAAACGUUAUCAAUGUGAAUUGUGUCAACUGAAGUUUUCAUAUAAAUAUCAAGUCUUCACUCAUAUGAAAGAGCAGCAUCGCGAAACUGAAAAGGAAAUACCCUAUAAAUGUAAAUUAUGUAAACUGGAUUUUCUUUGUUCACGUAUGUUCGAGCAACAUUCGCGUACUCAUUGCCGUAAUAGAGAUAAAUCUUUUGUUUGCAUACGGUGCCCGGGAAAGUUCGCGUGGAUAGAGAGUAUGAGACAACACAAUUGUUUGCAUAAAGCGAGAUUUUUAACGGGAACGAAGGAUAAAAACAAUCCCUUAAAAUGUUCUAUAUGUCGUACGACUUUUAAAACAGCUUUAAAGCUAAAGGCACAUAUGAAAAUACACGCGUGCAUUGAAUGGAGCAAUCCGCAAGAGUUUCGAUGUGCUUUAUGUAAUAACCAUUUUUCCAAAUUAAAACAAUUACGAGAACACUUGCCUGUUCAUCAGGAUGGCGAAACAAAUAUUGAUUUUGAACAUUCUCUUUACAUGAAAACAUUUGUUAAAUUGGAAAAUGCUCUAGAUCGAGAAUCUGUGAAAAAAGCCAUAGCAAAUGACUACAGUAAGAAUCAACUCACGCGAUUUUAUUGUGCUUUGGAUAAAAAUGCUGAAGAACUCGACGUGAUGGACUCGGAAAGUGAGUCGGAAGAAGAGCAGCGCCAUUUUUACAAGUGUUUACAGUGCCAUUCGGAAUUUAGACGUAGAUCAUCCUUGGUUGAACAUCAAACAGCGACUCAUGCGGGAAUGUCCCUACCCUUUCGUUGUGAUGUAUGCUCGCGGCAAUUCGCUUAUCGAGAAAUUCUCGAUCAUCAUCAAUAUCGAAAUUGUUUAAACGAAUAUCGUCAACAAAGUUUUCGGUGCGAUAUUUGUGCGUUAAAUUUUGUUUGGCCCAGAAAUUUAGCGAAGCAUAAACAAAUGAAGCAUUCUGAUCGUGGCGACCAAAACAAAUAUGGUAAUAAAUUAAAAUGUGACGAAUGCGACAAAGUAUUUAUUUGGUUAAAGGAUUUAAAAAGGCAUAGGAUUAUACAUCGCCCUGAUGAAAAAAAAUAUGCUUGUCCCCAUUGCGAAAGGAAAUUUUAUCGUAAAGAUCAUUUAUUAGCACAUAUACGCACUCAUGAUCCCAAUAGCGUGCCAAUAACAUUGAAUUUAAAUCGAAAAGUAAACAAUUUUGACGUGAACCUAAGCAGGCCUCAUGGUUACAAACAGAUUAAAUGCAUGAUUUGUUAUUCUCAGCACACAACUAUACAGGAUUUGCGCAAUCAUUUGGCAAAACAUCAAUAUACGAUUGAUUUUGAAAGGCGCAAGGAAAUGGAAGUUGUUGAUUUCAUUUCCGCACAAUUCUAUCCCGAAGAAGAGAUAAUGACGGAGGCCAUGUUAAUGGCCCGAAUUGGUAUUGAUUUAACCAACAAACAUAAACUGGAACGUUUUUAUUCCAUAACAAAUGAAAAUGGUUACGAGUUAAGUUUGGACAGUUCGGAAACUGACCUCGAUUCGGAAGAUGAUGAUGAGAGAGUCAAACUUAAUACGAAAGGAAGUUAUAACUGCGAUAUAUGCCCGCAUUUGAGUUUCGCACGUAAAUACAAACUAUUUCAACAUCAUGAAAAUGAACACACUUGGGAGGAGGGGCGCCAUGUUUGCAGUAGCUGUAACGCCCGGUUUUUGUCGCCCGAAAUAUUGGAGCAUCACUACAAACAACAAUGUAAAAAUCCGAAUAAGCGGCAUCAGUGUCGCAAAUGUUCAUUGCGUUUCAUGUGGAAAGAUAAUCUUAAAUCGCAUUUUGCUAUGAUGCACGCCCGCGAAACUGCAAACGAGAAUGAAAUGAAUCGUCGUUAUGAGUGCUUCUUAUGUCAGCUCAAAUUUGAGCAUAAUUGCGAUCUAAAGCGACAUAUGAGUUUGCACGGCGACAGUAAAGAUAUGUACUUGCAUUACUGUGUACUAUGUCCACGAAUGUUUUAUGUUCGAGAAAAUCUUUGUGCGCACAUUAAGGAACAUGGCAUAAAAGUCACCGACAUAGAUUGUAUGGAAAGCAUUAUCAAUUCGACGUGUUGGCCUAAUGGCGACAAAGUGAUUGAAUGCAAAAUAUGUCAUAGGAAUUAUCCAACCAUGGCAAACUUAUCUGAACACUUUCAACAAAUGCAUGUAUCUGCGAUUUUGUCUGGUGGUUUAGAAAACUACUCGAUAAUCAAUGAACGAGGAUAUGAGCUACAUUUAGAAUGGAAUUCCGAGACGGAAGCAGAAGAGGAGUUAACUGACUAUUUGGCGAAAAAUUCGUAUAUCUGUGAAAUUUGCAAUUUUCAGUGUAAACGGAAGUAUAAAAUGGCGCAGCAUCAACGCUCUUUCCAUUCAUAUGAAACACUUACCUUGAAAUGUGAAUAUUGCAUCUUUAAAACAGUCUCACAGAAAAUACUUGACGAUCACAAAGCAAGCCAAUGUUUGAAUAAUGAAAAGCAAUACACUUGUAGUAAGUGUUCAUUUCGUUUCAUGUGGCCAGAAAAUCUAAAUAAACAUGUAGAAUUACAGCAUACUGUUAAAGUAGCUGUGGACGUUACCAAGCAGGAGGAAACGGCCACUGCAAAAUCAUCUUUACAAUCUCUUCCCCUGCAGCAGAAUUCCCCGAAGGAGAUGAAGUUAUUUAAAUGCCCUGAUUGUCAUCGUACGUACAACCGUAAAGAUCGUUACAAUGCCCAUCUGAAAAAAUAUCAUAACCCAGUUAAUGGUCAACCUUUACCGGUAGUAAGGGGCAAAUCGUCCAAAAAGGAUGCCAGCAAACAAGUUGCCAUCAAAGUGAAGCAAAAGCAUUUAUGUGCUUUGUGCGGUUUAGCUUUGUCUUCUGCCUCCUGUUUAGCUAUACAUAUGCGUCGACAUACCGGCGAACGUCCCUAUAAAUGUGAUAUAUGCGAACUAGCUUUCGCUAGGCGUACUGAUUUAAUUUCACAUAGGCGCACGCAUACUGGCGAAAGACCUUACAAGUGUACGAUAUGCGCGAAAACUUUUAUACGCUCUUAUAAAUUGACUACGCACAUGCGCACACAUACUGGUGAAAGGCCGUACAAAUGCACAUUCUGUGACAGUGCUUUUGCUCAAUCGAAUGAUUUGGUUAUACAUCGCCGUCGUCAUACCGGGGAAAGGCCCUACUUAUGCGAUAUAUGUGGAGACGGUUUCAUACAAGGCAGCGCCCUAAAGGCACAUCGUCGCCAAAAGGGCCACCACGUCAAUAAUACAGACGUACAUACUUCAAAACAUUUACCUGCAUUUCCGGUGGAGUUUAUUGCAGUUAUGAAUGCAUAUACUUCUUCGGAUAGUGAUGAGGAGAAGGAGAACACCUAUUGCAUAUUUUUGCAUAUCGUAGAAGGAAUUGGUUUUAAUAUUCGCGAUGGUGUGGGAGACAUUGCGGAACAGCGCAAAAGUCGUAUAAUAUUAAAUGCAUCGUUGAACGGAGUUAAAUUCGAAGUGGAAGGACAUUCGUUAUCUAGUGAAACUGCCACAAUAUUUAAUAGUAAUUGUAUAUGGGAAUGUGAACUAGAUGAUAUAAAAAGAAUGAAAACUGAUAAUCGACCGGUGAAAUUAGAAUGUUUCCUCAAAUCUGGGCGUUCAGUUAAUUCGCCACGCAGACCUAUAGGUUCCCUUUUAUUACCCAUGCGCGGUGUACAGAUUCUCUCGCAACUAUCAAAUAUAUCCAUGAAACUUCAUUGGCAUAAAUUGGGUGGGUUAAGCGCAGAAUGGCGGCAAAAUAAACCCGAAAUCUAUAUAAUGUUGACGAUUGUUAAAAAAGUUAUCUUGGAAAGUGGGGAGUUGGAAUCUUUAAUGGGAAAACGCAAACAACCCUCAACUGCUGCAACAUUAAAUCGUGAAUUCAUGGUUUCACCACAUGCAUCAGAGACAUCUUUAAUGUUGCAGUCUCAAAGCAAUGUGUACGUUCAGUUACUAAAACAAGUCGGUUUAAUUCAAGUGGGCAACAAUCCUGACGUCGAUUGUGAUAUUUUCGCUAUAACGCUUACUUUCAAGCAAGUGAAAAACGUAAUGAGAUUGCUAGAAUUGGAGCAAAAUGUUUGUCAAUACGAAAGCAACGUUUUCGGUUUUCAUUACGAUUUUUUGGGCAGCAACUCAUAUGUGGAAAUUCAAAUAUCAUCAACCGAUUGCUAUCCAGUUAAUGAGAAAAUUUCGUUAACAUUUAAAUCUUCAUUGCGCAGUUUGCGCACUUAUUUCCAGCGCAUCUUUUAUAUACCUAUUAAUCUCUAUUACAUGAAUAUAGCCAUAGCAAACUAUAGAUUCGAUAUCUCUAAAUUUAUGCCCGAUGAUGUCUACUUUAGUAUGCACAAAUUAUGGACGAAGAAUGGUACCUUUUACUUUGAUCGUUUGCACAAAAUUCUUAGCCCCAGAUCGUGUAAACCUUCAGUCGACUUUAUAUUUAGUAUUCAUUUACUGACACCGCAUGCAAAAAGAAAUAAUUACGAAAUUGCAGCUUUAAAUGAAAUUUGUCACGGCAGCGGCAAAGGGGAAGAGAGAUCAGUGACGCGUUUUGAAUUGCCUGCGGAACAUGGUAAUUUGGAAACACCAGAUUUCAAGCGUUUACCUUAUGACAAUUUUUCUCUGUCAUCGAGACAAUUUAAAUCAUUGGAAUUAAUUGGUAAAUAUCAUAAGGCAAAUUCUGAACCCAUAUGCUAUUGCAACGAUAAAGAGGAAUGCUAUGCUAAGUCGGUCGAUGAUUUUCCCAAGGAAACUAUAUUAGAAAAGGAGGAAAUUGCUUACGAGCGGUUAAGACACGUUGACUCCCAAGUCAAACAGACCAGUGACAUAGGUGUACAAAUUGAUGUGGAAGCUGAAAAGUGCUUCUACUCGACAGCAGUAAAUACCGACCCCGUGGAAGAAUUUAAUCCAGAAGAUAUAGCAGUUAAAGUAGUAGAGGAGUUAGAACAAUGGAAACAGCAGCAAAUGGAUAGCUUCUUACGUGCAUUGGCAUACAAAGAACGCAAUUAUAUCCGUGAGAUGGAGGAGCACUGGGAGCAGCAGCGUGUUUUAAUGCAGGCUCGUCUGGACGCAAAAAUGGCAAAGUGCGAACAUUUAAAUGCUCAAUUGGAGAAAGCCCAAGUUGAAUUAAAAGCCUCCAAUGCCACAAAUCGGGCUUCCGUUCAAGUGGUCGACUCCAUUAAGCGCGAAAUAGAAAGUACUUAUACAAAGAAAUUUCAACAAUUAGAAGCUGAAAUGCAACGAUUAAAACUGGAUAUGCAACAGAGAGAUAAUUUAUUUGAAAUUAAAGAUAAACAAAUGCAAUUGGAAAACACACGUCUGGAGAAGGAAAAUGAGGAUAUGAAAGCACGCACUGAAGAAUUGACGAAACAAUUGGGCACGUUACAAAGCACACACCUUUCAGCCGAUCACCUAUCAGAUUUUCUAAGUGAUUUGCGUAAGCAAAAUGAACGUAUAUCUGUUAUGGAAAAAUCCCGCAAUCAUUAUAAGGAAGAACUAACUAAGGCUUCGCGUGAAAUUAAUAAAUUAAAACUGGCUUGCCUUAAGUUGCAGACGGCGGCAUUUAAAAAUGCGAAACCGAUCACGAAACCAAGUCAAUUAACUUUAUGCCUAGACGAAAUUCUUAAUGAGGAAAAAGACGAUUUGGAAAAUGAUCGUCAAGAAUUGAAUGAUAUUAAAAGUUCGCUUUUCAUCUCAUCGGAAAGUUCAUCGGAAGGUAACGAUGAGUUCGCUGAUAGUGUGGAUGAGGAUGUCAUGGCUGCUGUUGGAAUGUGAUAACUGAAAUCGCUUUACCUUAAUUAAUGAACGAAAUUGUCUGUGAUAUAUUCAAAGCAAAGCAUA